UACCCUUCGCCUUUCUUUUUUCUUUAAAUUUCCCAUUCCUACAUAUCAAAUUAACUCACUCACUGCUUUACCAAUGUCGCUCUCUUCCGUAACCGCCGUAGACGUCGAAAACGUCACCUUCCCUCCCACCCUCAACCCUCCCUCCUCCGCCACCGCCUUCUUCCUCGCCGGUGCCGGCGUCAGGGGCCUCCAGAUUCAAGACAAUUUCGUUAAAUUCACUGCCAUUGGGAUCUACCUCCAACCUAACGCCGUUCCUCUUCUCUCCGUCAAAUGGAACGCCAAGUCUGUUCAAGAAUUAACGGAAUCCAUCGAAUUCUUCAGAGACAUCGUGACAGGGCCGUUUGAGAAAUUUAUGCAGGUGACAAUGAUCUUACCCUUGACGGGGCAGCAAUACUCAGAGAAAGUUGCAGAAAAUUGUGUUGCCAUUUGGAAGUCUCUUGGGAUAUACACUGAUGCAGAAGCUCAGGCAAUAGACAAGUUUGUUACUGUUUUCAAAGACGAAACAUUCCCACCAGGCUCCUCUAUCCUUUUCACAGUGUCACCCAAUGGAUCAUUAUUGAUAAGAUUCUCUAAAGAUGGAUCCAUUCCAGAAGAAGCCAGCACUGUUAUAGAUAAUAAACUACUUUCAGAGGCUGUGUUGGAGUCGAUGAUUGGUAAGCAUGGCGUCUCCCCUGCAGCAAAACAGAGUUUGGCCACCAGAUUAUCUGAGUUAUUCAAAGAGGGGGGUGUCCCUGAAUCUCAUAACUGAUUUUAUCACCAUCUGAUGAUGAAAAUCCUUUACCACUUUGGUGUGUUACCAAUAAAUAAGGGGGAAAUUUCAGAUUUUACUUGUGUUGUUAUCCUUUGUUGUAUAAGUUCUGAAUUGAUGUAUUUGAUUUUUCGUUGUGAAUCAACUGAUUAUGCUUAA